GAGCAAAUACAAACGCCUAAACUCAAACGCAAACCUCAAACGCAAACCGCCGCCCACCGCCCAGUGGUCUGCCGGUCACCGCCGCCCACCGCCCACCUACGGUCACCGCCAGCUGCCGACCACCGACCGUAGCUGCUCAGUCGCUACGACCAGUCGCUGCUCAGUCGCUGCACGCCGCCGACUCUACUGUUCCAGUCGCUGCUCAGCCGCCGACUCUCCUACGACCAGUCGCUGCACACCUUCACGCUCAGUCGCUGCAAACCUACGACCACCGCCCAGGUAUUGCGAACUGACAAGUUUGAACUUUCAAAAAUCUUCAAGUUCUUCUUCGGUUGAUAAGAACUUGAGAAUAAAAACCAAAGAAGCUUUCUCUCUGUUUGAAGAGUCAGACUGGUAAUGGAUGACCAACAGAGCUCACUUCUCCUUGAAUCUGCAGCUUGUUUUCCACCUCCCAAAGGAGUAAAACUAUCAUAUGGAACAUCAGGGUUCAGAGCUGAUUCGUCAGUACUUGAAUCAAUGGUCUUCCGGGUGGGAGUACUGGCUGCACUGAGGUCGCUCAAGACUGGGUCAGUGAUUGGCCUAAUGAUCACUGCGUCUCACAACAAGGUCUCUGAUAAUGGAGUCAAAGUGGCUGACCCAAGCGGUGGAAUGUUGACUCAAGAAUGGGAGCCCUUUGCCAACCAGCUUGCUAAUGCCCCAAAUCCUAGUUCACUUCUUGAGUUUAUAGUUGAUUUUGUGAAGAAAGAAAACAUUACGCUUAAUGGAAAACAGGAAGCAGUGGUAUUACUGGGGAGAGACACGAGGCCCAGCGGAGAGCGUCUCCUUGAGGCUGCAAAGAAAGGAGUUGCAUCAAUUGUGGGAGCCAUUGCCAAAGAUGUAGGAGUGGUGACAACCCCACAACUCCAUUGGAUGGUCCGUGCCAAAAACAAAGGCAUGGAAGCAUCUGAAUGUAGUUACUUUGAACAACUUGCGAGCUCUUUCAGGUGUUUGAUGGAUUUGACACCCCAAAGAGAUCAGAGUAAUUUUGGGAAUGACAAAGUGAUUGUGGACGGCGCAGAUGGUGUAGGUGGAGAAAAGCUUGAAGAGCUGAAGAAAUUGUUGUCUGAUAUCUGCAUUGAAGUUCGUAACCAUGGUGAUGGCGUUCUUAAUGAUGGGGUUGGCGCUGAUUUUGUGCAAAAAGACAAGAUUGUCCCACGCGGUUUUGACCAUGAAGAUGUUGGGCUUCGGUGUGCUAGUCUGGAUGGCGAUGCUGAUAGGCUUGUUUAUUUUUCAGUAAAGUCAAAUGACAGCAAAACAAUUGACCUUGUUGAUGGGGACAAAAUAUUAUCCCUGUUUGCUUUAUUUAUCAAGGAGCAAUUAAGUAUUUUGAACAAGAGCAUAGAUGGAGUAGGAAAUGAGUCUUAUCAACCACGGCUUGGUGUUGUUCAGACAGCAUAUGCAAAUGGGGCAUCUACUGAUUACCUAAAGUUAAUGGGCCUAGAUGUUGUGCUUACACCAACUGGUGUGAAAUACCUGCAUGAGAAAGCUGAAGAGUUUGAUAUUGGUAUUUAUUUUGAGGCAAAUGGGCAUGGAACCAUCUUGUUUUCAGAAGCAUUCUUACACUGGUUGGAGAGUAGAAGUAGUUCAUAUUUAUCGACAUCUGAAGGUUCAGAAGAACAGAGGGCUGCUUUGAGACUUUUGGCUGUUAGUAAGUUGAUUAAUCAAGCUGUAGGGGAUGCUUUAAGUGGUUUGCUUUUGGUGGAGGCUAUCCUUCACCAUAUGGGAUGGUCCAUCUACAAAUGGAAUGAGCUUUAUAACGAUCUUCCUAGCCGACAACUUAAGGUCAAAGUAGUUGACAGAACUGCAAUUACCACUUCAAAUGCUGAGACUGUGGUUGUUACACCUACCGGUAUUCAGGAAGCAAUAAAUAUUGAAACUGAAAAAUACCCUCGAGGAAGAUGUUUUGUUAGGCCAUCCGGAACAGAAGACGUUGUGAGAGUAUAUGCUGAAGCAACCACUCAGGAAGGAGCAGACGCCCUCGCCAAUUCGGUGGCCAGACUUGUGGAACACCAUCUUGGAUUUGGAAACUCCUAAAUCCAAAUGAAUUUGUCUGUCUUGCACUCUUGUUUUAGGGAAUUUUUGGAUUUCAUAAACUUAUAUUAUAUUAUGGCAGUGUUUAAGCUUGAUUCUUGUUUAUUUAAAUAAUAGAAUUAGUUGAUCACAUGUUGUCAUUUGUCAUAUCAUUUUAAAAGAAUGAAUAAAUGUUAUGCAUUGUAAGAGUUAUUAAGCUGGGAGUGUGCUUAGCUUUUGCCUUCAAUUAAGGGCAGAAAAAGAGCAGAUUUCUACAAAAAUUCAAAGUCA